AUGCAAAAGGUUCCCUAAAGCACUUAGUUUUCUCGAUUUAGAGGCAUUUGACCACAAAUGGAGAGGUGCCAGAAAGAAGAACUGCUAUCAAGCCUUUCAGAGGAACAGAGUGUGAUGACAUGAGACAGAACAGCACAACCUGUUGAUGGCAGUGUGAACAUACUGAAAGACCACAUGAUCUACAAACAUUCCUAAAUGCAAAUAGGAAUGUACAAACACGUUUAAAAAAAAAAACUAUAAUCUGAUAAAAAAAAAUGCAUUUCCUUCAUGCUUUUGGUAGUUAUCUGUCUCUGACAGCAUUGCGUUCCAUCAGGCGGCUGGACAGACACAUGAUGGGUUAUCAGGAAACGAUCCAGACCAUUAAAUAAGGAGCCACAGAGAAGCUGAAGUCAGAAGAUCACAGGCACACACUGAAUCUAUAGGAUGGCUCCCGCUGUUCUUCUGAUCGGCUGUCUGCUCGCUACCAUCAGCUGCUUGACCACGGCUCAAUCUACCACAGUAUCGCCUACACCAGCACCAACUACUUCUACUACAACUACUACGCUACCUACACCAGAAUCAACUACAACUACAACACCACCUACACCACUGACUACCAGCACUACAACUACAGACAGUCCACCAACAUACAUCCCAGAAACCACACAGUCUGGAGUGACAAGUGUGAUAAAUACAACAACAACGACGCCUCAACCUCCCGUGUAUGGAAGUUGUGCGAGUCCAGAUCUGUGCUGCUCUGGAUUGAACAACAGCUGUCAUCGCCUGAAUUGUUUUUGUGAUGUUGCUUGUCUGAGAUUACAUGACUGCUGCCCUGAUUUCAAACCCACCUGCCUCACAGACAAUAACAACACCAACGACACAAAACCAGACACCUUGCCACUGACAGGAACAUGUUCAGAUCCGACUAUGUGCUGCAGUGCCACAGACUACAAAUGUUUCAGAGGAUGUUUCUGUGAUGAGUCCUGCAAAAUGCUCAACGACUGCUGUCCCGACUACGACAGCACCUGUACUCCAGUCGUCAUCUCCACUACAGCUCCACCCAUCAACUCUACUACAGCUCCACCCGUCAUCUCCACUGCAACUCUGCCCUUAAUCUCUACUACAGCUUUACCCAUUAACUCCACUACAGCUCCACCCGUCAUCUCCACUACAGCUCCACCCAUCAAAUCUACUACAGCUCCACUCGUCAUCUCCACUGCAACUCCACCCUUAAUCUCUACUACAGCUCCACCCUUCAUCUCCACUACAACUCCACUCAUCAACUCUACUACAGCUCCACCCGUCAUCUCCACUGCAACUCCACCCUUAAUCUCUACUACAGCUCCACCCAUCAACUCCACUACAGCUCCACCCGUCAUCUCCACUACAACUCCACUCAUCAACUCUACUACAGCUCCGACCUUCGACUCCACUACAGCUCCACCCUUCAUCUCCACUACAACUCCACCCUUAAUCUCCACUACAGCUCCACCGAUCAGCUCCACUACACCUUCACCCAUCCCCACACCUUUACCCAUCACCUCCACUAAAGCUCCACCCAAAGAUGUUCUGACGAUCCUCACUAAUCUGGAGGUGGAGGUUUUGGCCGAGGAGUCGUCCACUGAAGAAGAGCGUCGAGCUUCAGGUUGCUGCUUUUGUGGAGAGUUUGCUAAGAGCGAAUGAUACCGACAUCUACUCUUUUGAUGUCACGAGGAUUAAGCCUUUAUCUCCAUGUGACUGAAAUCAGCUGAGAGGAACUGACAUGAAUAAAUCCUCAUUGAUGCUGAACUUUUACUAUUUUAAUAUGAGAUCUGACCAUUUAUUGUGACAGUUCAACAAAAACAUAGCAUUUGUGUUGCAUCUGCAUAGGAUCAUUAAUGAUUGUUGAUGCCUUAGAGUCCCUUUUAGUCUUUUGAUAUUUGCAUAUACAUUACACGACAUUUCUUUAUUUAGAACAUAAUUAAGCUGUUAUAAAAUGUAUAUGAUCUAUGCAUGCUGUAUGUAUGUUCUUAUGCCCAGUUAAAACUCUCUCUUGGUAUUAGUUCCGCUCUAAAAAAAUUUUGCAUGUACGUAUAUCCUCUAGCCGUUUCUUUCUUGGUAUCGAAACAAUCUGCUCUUUAUUGCAUAAACAAUGGUGUACACUAAAUGAUGAUGAAAUGCAUCACAAUUCGGAGUCCCUGAAGGCCAGCAAGAUCAUAUUUUUUUACGUUUACUUAUGAACUUUCUAAACAUAACAAAUGUCAGUACAUUUUCAGUUCUUAUGAUCUUUAUUUGUUGGUCUUGCUGUGUAAUAAAUCUUCUGUUGUUCAUGUUUUUUUCAGUACCCAAUCUAAUGCGGAAACUAUUCAUUUGUGAAUUUUUGCUAAUCAUUAAUACCGUUACGUGCAGUUACCUCAAUGACAAAAAGUUCCCUGAAAGACCUGAAUGUACUCUAUUCACACAUCUUUACUAAUCAUUUUUAUAUGUUUUUG